AGCUCGCUGACUGAAGACACUCUCACUCGCUGCCCAACGCAUUCGCUCCUGAUCUCUGAACCAUUCAUUGGAUCAUGUCUGCAGUGCAGGUUUGCGAUGUCAAGGGUAUGUGCCAACAAGAUGGCCCUGUCAUCAAGGAGAAAGGAGAAAUUCAGCCCACAUCUAGCGCGUUGCAGCCGUGCAAGCAGAUGGAUGAGGAUCCGGGUGACAGCCUGGAUGCUAGUUCCGACGGUUACGACGAUGACAAUUCGUGUCGUGACGAAGAUGACUACUAUGCAUUUCUUCGCGAGAUGGCAGGAUCAUUUGAGGCCACUUAUGACGACGAGGAUGAGAGUGACGAAGGUAGCGAGAUGGAGGCCGAAGCCGAGGAAGAACAGCCUUCCGGCCGCAAGCGCUCGUCGAGCUUUUGGUCGGAGCAAAGGCCUGCUUCCUGGACAUCGGCCAGCGGGCUUACCACCCGCACAGAAGAAGUGAAGAUGGACGGAAGCAAGGAUGCCUUCCGUGGGCAAAUUCAAGCUGCCCAGGAGCUCAAGAUGGGUGCAGCUGGGGCUCGCAGCCAGCUCAAGAACUCUCCGGGCACGCCCUGGUCAGGAUCUGGGUCGACUGGCAGCACAUCAGCUGCAAGCCCAUCGGACAGCAACCUCUCAGAAUUGAGUGAUUCUGAGGAUGACAGGAGCCCUGAAAGCAGCGAUUGUGAGGAUGACUCCCGGCCAUUGGUGCCGACACCGAGUCACGACCACCGCCCACCAGUGGUGGACAGUUAUGAUGUGGUGGAGGCUGUGAAGCAUUUUGCUUCGCAGCGGACAGCUGAUCCCAAGGAGCAGCAAACGGAGGAUAAGUUGACGGAAAUCCAGAUCAAGGAGAGCCAGAUGAAGCAACUUCGAAGCUCAUCGAAGAAUAUGCACUUUAAGCCAGAGGUUCGCGCUCACUAUGCGAAAAUCUGCAAGGAGAUCGAGAACGAGGUAGCCACCAUUGAGGCAUCUUUGUCGAUGCUCAAGUAGGUGGGCAGACUGAGUAGACUGAGUGCGUCGAAGCAGGAGAUCUGCUUUGACAAGCACGUGUUCAACGUGGUUCUAGGCAAGCUUGUGUAUACUUCCUUUUGCAAUUCUCUGGAUGUAUUCUCUGGAUGCAUCGCAAUGCAAGCUGCUGUUUAUAGUUCUUGGAUCUGCAGAUGUGUUUAGUCCAUUGAAAGGAUGAUUGAAACUGUCCAGUGACUCAUGACUUUGUUUGCUGCUUCUUGGUGGUCGUUUUACCCCGGCAGAACCAGAUUCCGGGGGAAAUGGAUAGACUGGAUAGACUACUCGAUCUCAAUAUGCUCUCACAACUCGUUUCACCCAGUUGUCCGCUCCUCAGUCACCUUAGGCCCUGCUUGCCCUGCUUGCCCUGCUUACAAAGCCGCCUAUCACCUGUUUUUCUGAGUUUAGGCACCGCCUAGAGCGUCAAGCAAACACAUGCGCGAAUACAUAUCAAACAUCUACAGCCACUGCUAAGGUUCAGCGACAGCAACGCCCGUUGAUCGCCAUGUGUAGAUCUGUGCCAAGCCAGCAGAGCAAGAAGUUUGAGCUAUGCUGCACGGCUUGCCAACAGUUCUGAAAAUGGGAGUGGACCAAACAUGGAGAUCAACCACUGCACGUCAUCUCCUUUCCUCCGUUUCAAUUUAAUUGUUAAACUGCACUUGAUUU